AUCAUUGGGUCUAACUAGAUAUUAAAUAAAUGUGUUAAUAAUUUGGAUAAAGACUAUAUUAUUGGUACUUAAGGGUAUCCAACAGACGCAUUGCCAAAAUGAUGGAGGAAAUUGAUAGAUUUCAAGUACCGACAGUUAACCCGGAGAUGCAGCCACUGGACCCGGCAGCGACGUCCACAUCAGAGGCUGACUCAGACACGAGGGAGGCUGAGUCAGUCGCUGUCAACUACAAGCCCUCACCACUGCAAGUGAAAAUUGAGAAACAGAGAGAGCUGGCCAGAAAGGGCUCGGUGAAGAAUGGAACUGUGGGUAGUCCGGUCAACCAGCAGCCCAAGAAGAACAACGUCAUGGCUAGAACACGGUUGGUCGUGCCCAAUAAAGGCUAUUCAUCUUUAGACCAGAGUCCAGAUGAGAAACCUUUGGUAGCGCUGGACACAGACAGUGAUGAUGAUUUUGACAUGUCCAGAUACUCGUCAUCAGGAUACUCGUCAGCCGAGGUGAGAUGUCUGAGGGACCAGCAGAUAAACCAAGACCUGAACAUACAGCUCUUAAAGGACGGCUAUCGAUUGGACGAAAUCCCAGACGACGAGGACCUCGACCUCAUCCCGCCCAAAUCAGUGAACCCUACCUGCAUGUGCUGCCAAGCCACCUCAUCCACCGCCUGUCAGAUCCAGUAACCCCGCCCCUCUCCCAUAACCCUUUCCCCUGACCCCACCCUGUGAGUUUGUCUCACUGCCCAAGAGGUCAAACAGAGUUGUUCUCUAGAACUAGAAUAAUUACUAAAGAAAUUUAAACAAAUGUGGAGAAAAUGGUUAUAUUACAAUUAAUAUAAAGCAGAUUAAAAGAAAAAAAACAACAAAAAUACACACACAAAAAAAAGUUACUAACAGUUAUUGGUUCCUCCUAUGGUAGGACAUGUGAGUCUUUCUAUCACCACCAGAGGGAGCUUUUCAGGGGGUAUGUUCAGAAACAGAUGUCAGAGAGGUAAAAACAAUAGAGUGCACAGGUAUAGAAAAAACAACUACACAUACUACAAUAUUUAAAACAUAUAUUUGAAAAAAUGAGCAUUUGACAGUCCUAAUUGCUCAACACUCUGUUUUAGAAUUAUCAUGGACUGCCUCUGUUUUAGCUUCCUGUUUUUGUUGUUGCUGUCUUGGUGCAAAUGGAUAUUUGGCUAUUGGCCUGCAAGGGAAAAAUGCUGUUUGUUUUUAAUUAAAGUGAAAUAUAGUGACCAGCAAAAACACAUACUCAUGAGGAUCAUGGGAUUGUCAGUCUUACCCUAAACUUAUCAGCUCUAGACAGUAACACUAACAAUGCUGUAGCAAAUCAAAAAACAAAAACAAAACAAAACAAAAAGACAACAAAAAAACGCAUUCUGACAUAGAUCCACAUAACGUGACUUUGCGGUAAUAUAAGAUUCUGAAGACAAUGAAAGAAAUGCACAGAAGUCAAGAUUUUUAUUUAUUUGUAUUCAAGAAAUAAGAGAAUAUCUGUUAGAGAAAGCUAAAAUAAAGCUGUGAACACUUUGUCUGUGGAAAAAAAAAAAUCUUACGUGAGGAAGUUUAGGUCUGAAAGAUUUGUGACCAUUGUUGCAUGCUGCUUAUGGGUUUAUCUAUGCCCACCUGCUAACUAUGACAUCAUUAGGAAUUUUGGUGAAAAUUAGCUGAACAUUGGAGCUCCAAUACAACCCGAGCAUGUUCCUCCAGGUGACGGCAGCGCAGAGAGAGACCUCAGUGGCUAGAGCACUGUUUUUCUGACACUACAUGUUAGGUGCUCAUCUGGCUGUCAGCUUCAGCUAAUUCAUUUUGGUCAUGAUGGCCCAGAAAUUGUACUUCACCAAAUGCGGUACAGGGAAAAGGAGACCUUGCACAAGUAGACAAGACGAACACUUGAGUUCUUAUGUCCAAUUCUGAUGUUUCCAAUGCUUUAUAUAGCAAUGCAGGCUGGUAUGUACUUCUCCAUAGCUCUGUUCUGGCUAGAACUUGUUUUAUCUGUGCCAAAAGACCCUACUUCUGUGUUACUAUACAUUCAAAAUAAAAGUAGAAUGGCACAUCAGUGGUGAUGGUUUUAAAAUGAACCCAGUGAUGUUUGGAGUUGAAGUAUACGUUCUGUAUUCCCCCAAUUUCCAUCACUAAGAGUUUACAACAUCCUCAUUCGCCUGGAGAAUACACAGCCACAAACUUUUAUUUUCUAGCCAAAGACUGUCAAGUUAUUCACUCAGAUAGAUAUGAAAGUCAUAAAUAAUUACCAUCCUUUGUCCCUUGUGAGUGAAGUCAAAAUUAUACUGUCCACCCUGUCUGUUGGUUUGAAUAGUGUACCUCCCUUUAAAUGACCACGUGUACUUGUAGGAUUUUGCAUUUUGUUUUGGAGAAUUUAUUUUGACUGUGGUUAGCUGCCAUUAGUUUUCCUCUUUAUAGAUGUGCUCCAUCACACAUGGUUGAAGUGCUUCCUUCAAUGUAGUGCUAUCCAUUUGUCUUCAACUGCCAACUGUUCAAUGUUGUUUCACACUAAGACACUCCUUUAAGACACGAAUAACAUGCCUUUAACGUGCAAAAAAAAAAAAAAACAAUAUUCACACUCUCUCAGUGAGAAAUACAGUUUGAAACGAAUGAAAGGAAAACAUAAUAUAAUAACAUUAGAUUCAUCAGUUGUCUUGACCUUCAUGGAAACCCUGACUUGUUUGUUUGUCACGGUGUAGAUUAUCGACACUACAGGAUGUCUACAGGCUCAUCUGUUAACUGUGUUUCUGGGUUUAAACCUCACAUUGCACAGUAACUGACACGCUAUUGAUUGUCCCCUCAGAUGAACCUACCCUUUAUUUUAACUAAACACUCACUUGACAGAGAAGACACAUGACUCCAAGGCAGCAGAUAUAGACGCACGUCUCCCGUUUUUUUCCCCCGCCGACACCUCGUUUUCGCUGCCAUCUUCACUCGUCUGUCAACUGUCACACUUCUCUGCAACGCAGAGAUCUGCCAUACAGGGGCUCAUCUCCUGUUCUGGAAAGGUUGUGGUCUGUGUGAGUGUAUAUGGCAGUCUUCAUAAUUAACUAGCCAUAGAGGAUCAAGGGGAUUCCUGUAGAGGGGACUGACCGUGAAUAUACAAGUGAACCUAGAGAGCAUGUUUAGACUUCGAAUGUUGUGCUUCAGCUAUAUCUGCUCUUUGCCCAAAAGCAUAGACGUCACCCCCCGUGAGCCGUCUGCGUGGGUUCUGAACUGUUGUGUUAAAGGACUAACUGAGCGGUCCGCUUCACUUACGGUGGGAUUAUUGUCCUUUCCUCUCCCCCUCCUGGUGUUACGUCACUUUGUACCUGCUCUGGAUGAAAGCGAAACACAACUGUCUUCUCUCUUGCCGUAAUCCUUGAAUUAUACUCACUCUCAGCUCCGAAUUUGCUAAUUAGAGUAUGCCUUAAGUAAAGCUCUAUAGUGGAUAUUUUAUUUAUUGCCAGUGGUAUGUUAUA